UUCCAUCUUCUUUUCAUUGAAGAAUGAAUUGUAUUCUUCCUCAGAGCCAGUGGAGUUGGAGUCAUGUGUGGUAGUGAUUUUCGUAUCUGCUCAUUCAGAUUGAGAGAGAUAGAGAUUAAAUUUGGGGGGUUUUCCUUGCUUUUCUCAAUUGGGGUUGCUAAUUCAGAUUGAGAGAGAGAUUAAAUCUGGGGGUUCUUUGCUCUUUUCAAUUGGGGCUGACUUGGUUGUCCUUCAUUAAAGAGGGCCUCUGUUUUGGAGUGUUGAAUUGUUGUUGGAAACUUAGAAUCCAGAUGAGCAGUUCUCAAGAUAGUUCACAAGAAGGGCCCAACGCUGACUUUAGGGAUAGUCUAGAGGGAGAUGGUUCUAUAAGUGCUACUGGCAAGGAGGCGAAGCAAGGUCGAGGUCAAGGGAAAUGCAACUGGUUUCUAAAUAACAAAAAAGAGGCACCAUUGAAUUUCGUCCUGAACAACAACCUAUGAUUCAUGUCUUCAAGGAUGUAACAAUGAAGAAUAUUGAAAAACUGUGGAGAAGUUUCAAGAGUGAUUUGAAGAAAGCUUAUUAUAAGCCUUUCACAGGAAGUAAAAGACGGUGGCAAUGUGGGGAUUCUCGUGUAGACCCAGAUCAAUGGAGGGUGUUGGUUGAACAUUGGGAAAAAGAUGAGAUUGCAGAGCAAGCUAAAAGAAAUGCUGAAAAUCGGAGUAAACAAACAUUGAAUCACACAUCCGGGACAAAGUCUUAUGCUCGCAGCAAAGCACAAUAUAAUAAGAAACAUGGUGAAGACCCCGAUCCUAUUUGGUUUUUCCAAGAUAAGCAUACGCGGCGUGACGAAGAUCGAUCAUGGGUUAACUUGGUGGCUGAGCAGAAAUAUGCUGAAAUGCAGGAAAAGUUGAAGGAAUUGGUUGAAGAUGAAUGUCCUGAUAAUUUAGAGACGCGAAGAAGGGCUUAUGUUGAGGCAAUGGGUCCUGAGACAAAUAAUAGUGUUCGUGGUGAAGGACUUGGGGUGAAACCCCAUCAGGUGCCUUGGAUUCAAAUGAAAGCAGGGUCAUCCAACCGAUUGCGAGGGCACGACUAUGUUCACCUUGAGUCACAGUAUGUAGAGUUACAAGAAAGGUACAAACAUGACCAGGAUCAUUGGCGUUCUGAAUUGAAGGCGAUGGAGGAGUUGUUGAAGCAUAACCAGCAAGAGAUUGAGGAAAUGAGGCAGAUGUUAUCGCGCUCGUCAGCUUCGCAUCAUCCAUUGCACCAGCAGCUGCCAAACCCAUUCCAUAUGUCGUAUUACUCGCCGCAGAUGUUCCAUCAAAUGCCUUAUCAAGCCAGGUCAGUUACUCCUACUGGUGGGUUAACUGGAUUGCUGAGGGGGGAUGCAUACCCAAGUGCGACAGACUUUUUAGAAUCAGAUCAAGGUACUCAUGGACUUGAAUAGAUGCAAUUACUUAGUGUUAUGCAUUUUUGGUAUAUAUAGUUGCUGACGUUGUAUUUUGGACCCUAUUGGGGUAUGCAUGCUUUUGUAGUGUAUUUGUUGAAUAUUUGGAAUUGCAUACUUUUGUAUAGUAAGGGCACCUAAAGUUUUUGAACUCUACUGAUGUAGGCAGACUUUGUAAUAUUUGGCUAUUGUAAUCGACAUUGGUAGUUUAUAUUUAUAAG